AUGAGCAAAAUGCUUUUCAGCUAUGCCAAGAUUUUUGUCUCAGGCAAAGAAAAUGGAUGGAGGAACAGAGUAAGUUUUUGUUUCCUUUGUCUCCUUCUUGGAAUAACGAUCAAUGUUUGUUUAAAUCUAGUUUUGGUCUUAUCUAAGGUGGAAAUUGGACUGGUUAACUUAGGCAUCACUUUUUCCCUCGGUAUUUUAAUAUUUUUUCUUGCCUGCAUUUUUAAGUCAGUGCGUUGCAUGAGCAUCUUGUUCCUCUUGGCGUGCGGCAUGAGAGAAGGUAGAAACGUACUCAUCACUGUUGGAACCAGCAUAGUAAUUUUUAAUAAUGUGAAAAAUAUCUUGGGGAACCUAAAAAUUGUGGCGGACAGCAUCAUCUGCAAUCUGGAAGCCAAGCGCGUUUCUCUAAAAGUCAUGCCCUUCGAUUUUUACUCCAAUUUGAUCUAUUCAAUAUAUAUCUAUGCAAAACAACAAUUUUUUAACCCAUUUGCAGAGGUUGUCUCCUUGUCUGAUGACUUUCAAUUUAAAAUAAGGAUUUCGGAUCACGAACUUAAAGCUUUGCUUAACGAAACAAAAGCGCACAUCCAAAGCGUGUCUUCAAACCUCUCUUCGGCCUUCGAUAUUCUAACAUCUGUCGGGCGUAUAGCUUUUCUCAUUGGAGGAAUAUCCAUCAUCUUGGUUGGAAUCUGGAUCUUUUUUACAAAAUUCCUAAGUCACAACAAAGCCAAUAACUCGUAUAUUACAAAGGAAUUUUUGCAGUAUGAUGCAAAACAGCCAAACGCAUUGCGUGUUCUGCCUCUUAGUAGGAAGGAGCAAAACAAGUACAUCCAAAUUCCCAGCCUAAGAACCUCAGAAAAACAAAAGCUGAACGGGGCUCUGUAUUUCCUUCCCGUCAUGACAAAUAUUUUAAUUUGGACUUUAAUUUCAUUUUUAGAUUUUAUGCUUUACUGGCUUAUUCUUACAGUGAACGAACAUCUGCAAAGUUUGGGCCCAGUUGUAGUUCCAAUAACUAUGACUUUUUCUCACCAUCUUGUGGACCUUGAUGUCUUGUUCAACUCGAGAAGGACUCAAACACAACACCCAAACAUCAUGAUAAUAAACCUGUUUGAACCACAGUGUGUCCCAAAGCCAGAGCUCUCCCUUAGUGCCUCAUGGAUCCCGCUGACCAUAUUAAUCAGUGUGCUAGUAUUCUUCGGUUCAAUCUCCACUUUCCUGGUACAAAUGAAACUAUUGGUGAUGGCUUCAUUCUACCCAUCUAAAGAGUUAGAGAGAGUCCAUUACCUUCAUCAGAAAAUACUGGCGGAAAGAUCACAGGCAACACUGGCCGGAAAAUUAAGUCGAAAACUCAGGAACAUUCUCUCACAGGAGCGGUACAUUGUUGUUGAGUUCAAGAAUAUUUUUCAUUACUACAUACUGGGGUAA